CGGAGCAGAGAGGAGUGUAUAAAUAUCAGCGCGUCUCUCCUCUAUACCAGACCUGACUUAAGAACGCGUGGUACCUGUCACAUCUGCUUGGUGUAGCCUAGUCGCCUAACAUAUCACAAGACCGGACCUCCCGGAGGAGUCGACUGGACAACGGUUUGUCUACAGAUGUCUUGUACCCCUGCGAGCCCCUGCUAACCCCUCAGUGAACCCUACAAAGUGCACGCUCUGGAAAAAGCCACUGUUUUUCCAGUAGACCACAUUUCUCGGUGAGAGAUGAAGAAGUGCCUCCCACUACUGAUGGCUGUUCUGCCGAUUCUACAGGCAGUGUGUCCAGACAGAGACCCAGAGCUUCAACCGUGGAUGCCAGGUCACAGUGAAGCCCACCGUGUCACCAUUGGUUACGGAAGGAAGGUCUUGCUCACCUCUUCAGCUACUGUUCACUCCAUAGAGAUCACCAGUGGCGGAAAGUUAGUGAUCGCGGACUCCCAUCAUCCUAUCCUACUGCGUACUAAACACAUUCUGAUCGGCAACGGAGGACAGCUUCACAUAGGAAGUCCUGACUGCCCGUAUAAGGGCAACCUUACCAUCUCCCUGUUUGGAAGGUCUGACGAUAAGGACACGGAGCACAGUUACUUUGGCCGUAAGUACAUAGGUGUGGGGACAGGGGGUACACUGGAGAUCCACGGUAAGAAGAAAUUGUCUUGGACAUUCCUCAACAAGACCCUGCACCCCGGGGAGAGCCAGGACAACAGCUACCUGUUUGAGAGAGGCUGGGGCAACCGCGGAAUAAUCGUUCACGUCAUCCACCCCAAGACUGGAGAAGUGCUCCACAGCGACAGGUUUGACACAUACCGCAGUAAGGAGGAGAGUCGUCGCCUGGCCAAGUAUGUGGAUGGGGUAGAGAAUGGCAUGAUACUGGCCAUGGUGGUGAAUGACGAGGGGUCUAACAACCUAGAGGAGUCAGCCAAGAAGACUAUCUCCAAGCUGGGCAGUAGACACUUCCACCGCCUGGGCUUCCGUCAUGCCUGGAGUUUCAUUGCUGUGAAAGGCGACUCGGCCACGGCUGUGGAGGAUCAUGCUAUUUAUCAAGGGACCAAGGCCUCCUCUGAGGCUCGUAGUUCAUGUAUGUUCCAGUCAGGCUAUGGAGAGCUCUUCACCAUCACCACCUCCAGUCAAUGGGUGCAAGAGGCUGAGUGGACCGAGUGGUUUGACAGGGAUGAUGAGCGAGGGUCAGGAGACUGGGAGAAGCUGUCAGAUCUCCACAGCACUUACCCUGACCGCCUCUGUGCUGCCCCAAUGGAUCUACAGGCUGAGACCUAUGAUGGUGUUCCGUAUAACGAGACAGGAGAUGUCAUCUAUAAGUCUGAUAAGGAAUAUGGCUUCGUCUGUCGCAACAAGGACCAGGCCCACGGCCUUUGCAACAACUACAGAAUACGCUUCCUCUGUGGUAAACUAGUACGACCUGAAGCCUUCAUCUCCAUAGAGCGCCUGUCCAACAGUACUGUUCUGGAGCUGGCCGAGCCGGCAGAGGGGUGGGGCCCAGGGGACACGGUGGUGCUGGCCAGUACUGACUACUCCAUGCACCAGGCCGAGGAGUUCACUCUGCUGCACUGCCCCACCUGUAGGCCCACCCAGGUCAAGGUCCAAGGUAAGCCAGCUUUCCUUCACAUGGGUGAGGAGGUGGAUGGGGUGGACAUGAGGGCAGAAGUCGGUCUGCUGAGUCGUAACAUCCUGAUACGCGGUGAGAUGGAUCCCAGCUGUUACGGCAAUGAGGCCUGCAAGUUUUUUUCCUUCGACACUUUUGGAGGACAUUUGAAGGUGGAGCACGGUUUCAAGGCUGUGCACGUGUCCAGUGUGGAGCUGCAGCACAUGGGUCAACAGUCGAUGGGUCACUACCCGGUUCACUUCCACAUGAACGGAGACGUGGACCAGAAGGGGGGCUACGACCCCCCGACCUCCGUCAGCGACCUGUCCAUCCACCACACCUUCUCCCGCUGUGUGACUAUACACGGCACCAAUGGGCUGCUGGUUAAGGAUGUGGUGGGUUACGAUGCCCUGGGCCACUGUUUCUUUACAGAGGACGGACCUGAAGAGAGGAACACAUUUGACCAUUGCCUGGGUCUGAUGAUCAGAGCUGGUACUCUGCUGCCCUCUGACAGGGACAGCAAGAUGUGCCGUGACAUCACUCACGGAGCCUUCCCUGGAUAUGUGGCCAACCCCCGUCAAGACUGCAGCGCUACAUCCACCUUCUGGAUUGCCAACCCUAAUAACAACCUCAUCAACUGUGCAGCUGCUGGCUCCGAGGAGACAGGUUUCUGGUUCUUGUUCCAUCACGUGCCUACAGGACCCUCUGAAGGCAUGUACUCCCCUGGCCGCACAGAACACACCCCUAUGGGACUGUUCACUAACAACAGGGCUCACUCUAACUACAGGGCUGGGAUGAUCCUUGACAAUGGUGUCAAAACAACACAGGCCAACGACAAGGACAAGAGACCCUUCCUCUCUCUUGUUGGAGCAAGGUACGGGCCCCAUCAGGACGCUGACCCCUUCAAACCUCGUGUGCCCGCUCUCAUCCACCAUUUUGUGGCCUACAAGAACCAGGACCAUGGAGCCUGGCUGAGGGGGGGAGAUGUCUGGCUGGAUGACUGCCAAUUUGCUGAUAACGGCAUCGGACUCACGCUAGCUAGUGGUGGUACGUUCCCAGAUGAUGAUGGUUCUCGCCAGGAGGUGAAGAACAGUCUGUUUGUAGGAGAGAGUGAGAACCGGGGAAUGUCCAUACCUGACAACCGUAUCUGGGGCCCUGGCGGGUCUGACCUCAGUGGGAGGACCCUGCCACGAGGAGUUGACUUCCCUAUCCGGGGCAUGCAGAUCUACGACGGGCCAAUCAACGUGCAGAACUGCACCUUCCGGAAGUACAUUGCUUUGGAUGGCCGGCACACUAGUGCCUUUGGUUUCAGACUCAACAACUCCUGGCAGAGCUGCCCGAAGAACAAUGUCACCAAUAUCACCUUCCAUGACGUGCCUAUCACGUCCCGUGUGUUCUUCGGCGAGCCGGGACCGUGGUUCAACCAGAUGCAGAUGGACGGUGAUAAGACCACCAUAUUCCACGACGUGGACGGGUCGGUCAGUGAGUACCCCGGAGCCUUCCUGGUCAAGCAGGACAACUGGCUGCUGAGACAUCCCGACUGUAUCGACGUGCCUGAUUGGAGGGCGGCCAUCUGUAGCGGUCGUUAUGCUCAGAUCUACAUCCAGACGCGUAAUCCGGCCAAUCUGAACAUGCAGAUUGUAAAGGACGAGUUCCCUGACAGACCUCUGGAGCUGGAGGGAGCUCUAGGCAAGAGGAAACACUACCAGCAGUUCCAGCCAGUGAUCACAUUGGCCAAGGGCUACACCAUACACUGGGACCAGGCUGCCCCCGCAGAAAUUAUAGUGUGGCUCAUCAACUUUGACAGGAACGACUGGAUCAAUGUGGGUUUCUGUUACCCAGCAGGCACCACCUUCACGGUCAUCUCAGACAUCCACAACCGGCUGACCAAACAGACCAGGAAGACCGGUGUUUUCAUGAGGACUGCGCAGAGAAACAAAAUCCACCGCUCACACCUGGCCAGAGGCUAUUACUACUUAGAGGAAGAUACAGGUCUGCUCUUCCUUCAAGUUAAGGCCUACAAUGACAAGGAGGACUUUGCCUUCUGCUCAGUCAAGGGCUGUGAGAGGGUCAAAAUCACUGCGGUCAUCCCUAAGGGCAGUCCCCCCAGUAACUGCAUGGCACAGGCUUACCCCAGGCAUGCCGAGAUGCCCAUUGUCGACGUGCCCAUGCCAAGUAAACUACCCGGUACCAAGCUGCGUACCUCAGAACACUUCCUGGAGGUAAAGCUGGAGUCCUACAACACACGCUUUUUUCACAUCAAUGAGGACUUCGCCUACACAGAGUUUAACGGCAGGAAGUUGUACCAGCCAGAUGAGGGGGUGCAGAUGACAGUGAUUGACGGCCAUGACGGGAGACUGCUGGAGAGCAAAGGCUUCAGGAACUCUAUACUGCAGGGUAUACCAGCCCAGAUAGAGAGCUAUGUUAACAACCUGAAAAACAACUCCAUAGUACUCAUAACAUCGAAGGGUCGUCUGGUGACUCGGGGCCCCUGGAUAGGAAUACUGGAAAGCCUCGGCGCUGACAAGUCCUUCAAAUUGAGAGAAAAGCUGACCUUUGUAGGCUUUAAGGGCACAUACCAACCAGACUGGGUACGUAUGGAAGUGGAUGAGGAGAGAGCUAAGAUCCAUCAGGUCCUCCCCAUCCCAGUGGUCAAGAAAAUGAAGCUAUAAGAGGGCAGGAGGUGACCAGGAGUUGUGGUGGACACACCCCAGAGACUACGCCCCACACACACACAACACACACACUGCCCCCAGCACUGGAGACUUGGUCGAAGUUGGCCCUAUAACCACUGGUCCACCUGGAACCAGCACUGCCCUGACACAACCGCUUCAUUGUGACUGACUCCACAAGUACCCAGUCAAAGCACACAAAGGUGGAAGAAGAGGGGCUACAGAGUUUGGGCCGGCCAAUCAAACGCAUGUGUUUUUCUGUCACCUAGCAACUAUUUCCCCAUGCAGGUCUCUGCUGUUUAUGUGACUAUGUAAGUGAUUCGAAUGUGUUGUUCGUUUGACUAAACUUGACUUUUAAAAACUGAGGAUAGAGAGAGAAAAAAAAAAGAACAUUCCUUUGUCGUCCUACAGAUUUUGACUGAAAUUACAGAUUGUGAUUUGUAAAGUAAAACAAAAGGUCAAAUGCAUCUUAGGAUAAGAAAACAUUUAGGUUAAGUGUAAUUACAUUUUUUCAGUGUUUCUCUCUGAGGGCCAAUUCCGACUUCGAAAUGUAGACCUUCCAUAAGCACGCCUUUGUAUCCAGACUUGCCCUGAAUAAGACCAAUAUAUUUGGCUAGAGCUCUGUAGUACGAGGGAGGUAGUAGCAUCAAACUAUUAUAUUUCCUAGUUUCUUCAGCUAUGCAAACUUACCCCAUUCCCAGAGGAUAACACACACCCAAAUUAUGCUGUACCUUUAAGUACUAAAGUACCUUAAAGUACUGUUUAUGUAAAACAUUUGUCAUCCCCCUUAUCUAAAUGGAUUACAAAUCCAAGCUCUUAUAAAUGUGUGAAUGUCAAUGCAUGGAGAAUGGUGUUAUUUCUAUUGGACAAAAAAGAAAGCUGAUGUUGUUCCACUUGGAAACAGCAAGUUGCUCUACCUUCCUUUCAUCAGGAGUAAAGGAGGUGGAAUUAUAAGGAAAUUGAGUAAAGGUCAGACAAUUCUUAAUCACCUCAAAUUCUGUGAUCUCUACUCCAAAUGAACAGCUGGCUGAAACGUGUUACUUUACCCUUCAAGGUCAGAGUUCAUAAUGUUCCAUUUAAAUGUGCCAUGUGCGGAGUCAGCCCCAUACUGAAUAAAAAAUGGGUGUAAACUUUGCACCAGAACGCUUAAUGCUUAUGUGGCCCAAAGAAUCCAUUCCAGUAAAGCUAUGUCCCUGUGCUGUUUGUGAGGGCUCUAGAUUCGACUUGAUAUAGUGUGACGUUUUGUUUCAUAUAACUGUUUUAUAUCAAACGUACCAGCAAGUAAAGAAAUCCCCAAAAGAAAAAGAAAGAUCCUGUUAAUAUUAAAAAAUAUCAAAAAAAAUAUUUGGUCACUUAUAAAGAGUUAUCUGGUCUUAAGGGUUAGAUUGCAGUAUUUCUUACUUUUUCUUCUCUCCUGCUUAAAAAGCAAUGAUUCAACUGAUCAUAAACCAGUUUUGAAUAUUCUGUAAUAUCAAAAAUAUGUUCUUAGUUAAAUAUGCACUUCUGAAGAGCAACUUUAUUAUCAACUGCUGUGACACAUCACAUGUACUUCUCAAAAAGUCUAAAGACACCAAUGUGUUAAUGUUAAGUUUUGCAGUACAGGGUUUAGGGAUAGUUAUUACAGUACUAAGGUUAGGGUUGGGUAUUAGUCAUGGGUUUAAGGUUAGGCAUUACAGUACUAGGGUUAAGGUUAGGUACUACAGUACUGGGGUUAGGGUUAGGCAUUACAGUACUGGGGUUGGUGUUAGGUGUUAUAGUACUAGGGAUAAGGCUAGGUACUAUAGUACUGGGGUUGGAGUUAGGUACUAUAGUACUGGGGUUGGAGUUAGGUGUUAUAGUAUAUGGUAUAGUAUAUAGGGUACAGUAUAUAGGGUAAAUCCCUGACAACAAUUCCCUUUCAAACAGCCACUCUAUUUAACUCUACUCACCACAGCCCCCAGCGGCUGGCCUGUAUUCCAAUGUAAUGUAACAUCCUACCAAAAUUCAGCAGUCAAGAUUUACUAUCCAGUGUAUUCACUUGAGACCAGCCUGGGAGUGAAGAAAAGGUGAUGUCAAUGCUGCCCUUUAUUGCUCUGGUGAAACUGUUAGGCAAUACUCCCAAUUCAAAAGCUUAAAUGCUAUUUAAGCAAUUUAUCGAUUGACAUGAAAUUUGCUAUUUUUCUUUACAUCUGGGUAGAUUCAGAUAAAUGUUCCCCUUUGCCCGAAAUAGCUGGUCUUUUUUCGGAAAUGGUUGUUAGUGUUUUGUAUGUUUAAAUGUGUUUUUAAAAAUUACACAGAUUGAUAACAGAGAUAUAUUUUAUACGUAUUUAUUGUACAGACACAAAAUCUACAAGGGACAUCUUUUGAGUUGUAAUGUAUUCUUGUCCUGAAUUGUAUGUAAAAAAAAAAAAAACUAUACUAUAGCAUUUCAGCAAUCAUAUCAGUGCAUACAGGCAUAAUUUGACCCAUAAUAGCUACUGUGCUGUUUUGUUUAAACGCUACACCAAAUGGAUGUGAUGUACUAUAUGUGACUUGGGUUUGUAAGGUGAUGAAUUCCAUAACUUUAAACCUUUAAUUGACUUUUGUACAGAAAUAAAUCAAUAACUGAACUGUA